AUGGCUGCCGAGACCAUGACCCUCGAUAACACGGCUCCCGCUACUGUUCGCCCUUCGGAAACCGAAGAGUCUGGUAUCUCAUCGCCCGAGAGAGAGUUGAACCCCGUCCAACCUGUUGAGCCUCAACCACCCAAGCGCAAGGGUGGCCGCAAGCCAAUUUAUGCCACAUCAGAAGAGCGUAAGCAAAGAAACCGUCAGGCACAGGCUGCUUUCCGUGAACGCCGCACAGAGUACAUCAAGCAGCUUGAGGAGACGAUCCGUGUCCAUGAGUCCAACCUACACAACCUUCAAACCGCCCAUCGCACUGCUGCUGAUGAGUGCCUUAUGCUCCGCUACAAAAACUCCCUCCUUGAACGCAUUCUUCUAGAAAAGGGCAUCGAUGUCCACGCCGAACUCCAGGCCAAAACGGGCAGCCCUACUCUUGGCCCAACUCAUAUGCCCCAAAACAUGGUUCCUCCUCCUCCCAUGCAGCGUGCCAUGGUGAACCGACCUCCUCGCAAGUCCAUCUCUCAUAUGGGCCCCAAGGAUGCUGGCAUGAACGGCAUCCAACCCAUCAAGAUGGAAAUGGGCGGCAAGCCCCUCUCUACACCCACUUCCGAGGACGCUGGACAUCCUGGAUUCUCUCCUUCUGACGGAAGCGACAUGAUUAUGCGACACAACAGCGUCUCUGGCAUCCCUCGCCAAGCCAUGCCUCCCCCUAUGCACCGAGUAGGCUCGGUCGGCAGCGCUCCCGGCUUCUAUCCUGGCACUAGCUUCCAAGGGCACCUCGAGCAUCUCGAUGAGGACUUCGACGUGCCUCGAGACAUGGUAGAUGACUCUGAGCUUGAGAGUGCCGCACAGUUUCACAACGCUUUCACAACCGAUGCCCCGCCUGCUAUGUUGAUGGCUACAAGUGCCGGUGGACAGCCUCCUUCAGGUCCCGGCGCCAACCAGUACCAGCCCAUGAACGCUAUUCUCGACCAAAGCCUUGACUGGGAUCCUUUUGGACUUACAGCCAGUAUGGCUUUCCCUCCCUCGCAGUUUGCGUUUGAGCAGGGCCAUCUCAGGUGA